CGGUAUCACAUUAGAGAGAGAGAGAGAGAGAGAGAGAUGAAAGCAAAGAGAGAAAGGCCGGGUCGCCAGGGACAUGCGACGGAACCACGGCGGCGCGCCAUCUCCGGCGUCGUCACUACACCAUAACCCACCUCUUAUAUGAAGUUGUUGAAUAAAUAGCCACUGAUCAGCCAAUCUCCGAUCGUCAUCAAGUCGAUUUUCAUGGCGUUUGUGUAUAUAUCUUUCUAAUUACAACAUCACUCACACAAUUUGAUAGUUGGUGUUGCUCAAAUUCUUGCAAUUUUGCAGCUAGAAAGCGGGAAGUGCACCAAGGCAACAAGGUCUAAAAGGGCGCAAAAGCACACACUUUUUGUCGGGUAGAGGUUCUGUGUCGGUACAAAUUGUUCCAACCAGUAGCAACUGAUCCAUACCAGCAGACUUUGAAGAAUACAUUUGGAUUUUUGUGGAAAGAGUUGUUCUUCUUGGAGCACCGGUUGCUAUAAAAGACGAAAAAAGGUAGCUGUUAGGAAGGCUGUUUCAGAAGAUUGAUCAACGCUUAUUGCACAACCGAUUGAACGGUUUGAAUGGCCUUUCGAGCCAGAUGCUGAUGGAAGCGGUACUCCCGUCCUUAAAAGAUUUAAAACCAAAACAACCACCCAGUGAUCAACCACCAGCUGCAAACAUGUUCUUUUCCCAGAUAGAGGAUCUCAUGUUUUGAGAUGUCCAUGAGGUGUUGUACCGAUGAACUACGUGUUCGAGCAGAAGAACUCUUUAGAACAGCAACGAGAGAUGUGAAGCACUACGUAGAGUUCUGGAAACAGGUUCCACCCACGGAACCUUAUCGUGUAAUUCUUGGUGAUGUAAGGGAUAAGUUAUAUAAGACACGUGAACGUGCUCGCCAUUUGUUAGCGCAUGAUAUAUCGGACGUUCCAGAAGAGACAAACUAGACCUUUUUAUACCAAUGUUGAACAGGAGUUCGGGAAAAGCAUUCAGCUGGAGAUGUAAGGGGGAUUCAUGGAAUUACUUAAAGAAAAGCUUCCGAGUUAGAUAUAUGGGCCAAAUCUGUUAAUACGCAUGGCGCAUGACCCGGAUAGCUUUUGGUUAGUCAUAUGACACAUGCGUUUUAUGAACCUGAUGUCUUUUUAUAGUAUGGGUUGUAAGAAUUUAUGGUAAAGGUUUUAUGAAUUAAUAACAUACUUAUUUGUUGAUUUUUUUUUGUUUUACCAGUUUGACAAAUUAUAUAUAUGAUAACCUGAAUCAAACCACUCGAAGGAAAGUGAGUCGAAAGUGCCACAUCUACCCCUCUUUCUAACAAAGUUUGUAGAGUGAUUCGGAUUAGCGCGCCGCAACGCGCGCAUGGUUGAAAUCUAGUUGACUAUAGUUUUGAAUAACCAUGAUAAAAAAUACACAAAAUUGGAGAAUAAACAGGCACCGCAAAUUUAGAUAUAUGUCCUCAGCGGCUCAACUUAUAAAACUUAUUAUUUUCUUUUCAUUUAUCGAAGCAGAUAGAUAGAAUUUAAAGAACGUAAAAACAAUUUCUGCCACAGAUCGUCUGCCGCAGCUAAUUAUAUUAUACUUGGAAUUAUAACUCAUAACCCAUCUGUACUUUUUAUAAAAGGAGAAAUUCAAGUGAUAUAAGAAAAGCUGAUGUGUCAGCAGGAGAGGGUGUCCAACAAGGCUUUUCUUAUCUCAUUAUUACAUCAUAAAGUCUAAUAUUAAAAAACUUUAAAAUUCAAAGUUGGCCCACAUCAAACCACUGCCUUGUGUAUUUUCAAAUUUUCAAGGUCUGACCCACAUUCUAAUUCUAAAGGGCAACCACUGCCCAUCUACGAGAAAGUAGCAGCUGGUUACUUUGGCAAAUGUAUACUUAGCAGCAGCAGGUGUUGUUAUCUUCCGUAAUACUUUUAGAUCAGCAGAUGUUUAAUGCUAAUUACCGGGAAAUUCAAAUUUAAAUAUGCAUGGGAAUAAGUAAUUAGCAAUUAAUGCAUGUCACUCAGAUUCAAACUCCUAUCAAUCAUCUUUCUUAUAUAAGGCUUUUCUUCUCAUUUCCCUCUUCAUAUUUCAUCACGCUUUCAUCUUCUCUGAUUUUGAUAUUUGAAAUUUAAUCACAACCCGAAUUCCGAAUUAGAAGCAUGUCAAUAUCAGUUGACAGUAAUAAUCUUAGUUUUGUUAACGAUUUGAAUCCUGCUAAGGAUAUGUGGAACAUGAAGGCGAGAAUUAUACGAAAAUGGAAUCAGGGUUACAAAAUGGAGAUCAUCUUCAUUGAUGAGAAGGGUGCUAAGAUUCAAGGAGGUAUUAAGAGUCAUCUGAUACCUGUUUUUGAUGGGCAGCUGCAAGAAGAUGCUGUUGUGAUUCUUUCGAAGUUUGGUGUUGGUGAGAAUAAAGAUUUAUAUAAAGUAGUAGUGCAUCCUUAUAAAAUCAACUUUUAUAGAUGCACAAUUGUUACUCGUGUGAGAGAUUGGCAAGGUGUUGUAUAUGGUUUCAAUUUCAGAGCUUAUGAAGAUAUUCUUCAAGGAGAGGCGUUAAACGCUUUGAGUGUUGAUGUUGCUGGAUCUGUGAUUUCUUGUGGAGAUCUUGAAAGCUUUGAUCGACCUCCAAAGGAGACUAAGAAGAUGAAUUUCGAUAUUGAAGAUUUGGAUGGUAAGGUUUUGUGGUGUACUAUGUGGAAUGAUUAUGCUCUGCAGAUUAAGGACUUCAUUUCUAAAGUCCCACCUCAUGAGCAUGUGAUGGCUGUUAUACAGCAUGGAAAGUGUAAGGAAUGGAAAGGUGAAUAUACUGUUCAAAGUGACAAGUUUGCAACACGAAUUUUUCUGAAUCAAGAAAUUGAUGAAGUUGAUGAGCUAAGGAGGAGGCAUAUAUUGAAGUUUGGACAAGGGAGUAGUUCUACUUCUCAGACGAUACUAUCGUCUCAGAGUAUUUUUCCAUUACAUAAAGAAUUUGUAACUGAAGGUGUGAAGAAACAUGUUGAUGAGAUUAGCGAGAUAGAAGAGGAAAUGUCUUGUGUUGUGGUUGCGACAAUUAAGAUUGUGCAAGAAGAGUAUGGUUAGUUUUAUGUUUCCUGUCGUAAGUGUUUCAAGAAGGUGAUGGGUAAAAGUGAAUACUUGCAGAAUGUUGAGAAUGUUUCAGAUGAUAUUCUUCGAUUGCCUGCGACUUCUUUGGUUUGUAUCAGAUGUCAUACUGAAUGUACAUCGAUCACCACAAAGUGCAAGUGCUGGUGCAGGAUGAGAGUGGUAGUAUUUCUUUUGUUAUGUUUGAUAGAGAUGUUCAGAAGCUUCUUGGAUUAGCGGCGAGUGACAUAAGAGCGACACAGGUUAAGGCCAAUGAUACUGGAUUCCCUCAUGAGACAUUUCGAUUGAUUGAUAAGAAGGGUGCUUUUAAGAUUGAUAUUUCAGAGUUCAAUCUUAAAAAUGACUAUCGUGUUUAUACUGUGCAAAAAACAACUGAGGAUCCAGUAAUAAUUGCUGAGUUGGUUGGUGGAGAUGGUAAUGGUGAUGAAAAUACUGAUGAGGUUACUCAAGAGGUAGCUGACGUUAAAGACGUUAACCUUUCAGACUCUUCUCAGAUGUCUGCUGAACGAACUUCAAGGUUGUUUUGUGAUCUGUUGGAAGGAUGUUGUCUCUGUUACGGCAGACUCUUCAGUCGUUGAAGUUGAAAAGGAUUCUGGAUCAAGUCUGAAUGGAAAGCGGAUGGCUCAAGAUACUGAUGUUGCCAACGUUGGUGAGCUAUCCACUAAUGUGAGAAGAACCCGGAAGAAGCUGACUAAGGUUAACUAUUAGAUGCUUAUGAAAAAACAAUUGUUAUGAGAGAUAAGUAGAAACCACUUAUUUUUUAAGAAUCCUUGUGGUUUUUAUUUAUGUUUGUUAACUGUUGUUUUAACAAACUGUGGUUAAAAGUUUUGUUUGUAAUGGCUACAAUGAUGAAUAUGUUAUGUAAUGUCUAUUGGUUGAAUAUCAA